UUUAAUUUUGUACGUACUUGCAUGCAUGCAGGAGCUACAGAGAAAUGGAGAAGGUGUUCAAGAUAUACGUGUACAAAGAAGGAGAAGCUCCGAUAUUCCACAACGGCCCAUGCAGGAGUAUAUAUUCUAGUGAGGGAAGGUUCAUCAACGAAAUGGAAAAGCAUGGGAAUCAUUAUAGAACCAACGAUCCAGAUGAAGCCCACGUGUACUUCAUGCCUUUCAGUGUGGUUGUGAUGGUCCAGUAUUUGUAUGAGCCCGGUGCACUCGAUAUGAACCCCAUCGGCAACACCCUUGCUGAUUACGUUCGCACCAUCUCUCACAAGCACCCCUUCUGGAACCGCAGCCUCGGCGCCGAUCAUUUCAUGCUCUCUUGUCACGAUUGGGUAAGUUUUGGCCCACACACAAGUUCGUACGUGCCGCUCCUAUUCAAGAACUCGAUAAGAGUCCUAUGCAACGCCAACACUUCAGAAGGGUUCAACCCUCUCAAAGACGCAACCCUACCCGAAAUCAACCUCAAAACGGGCGAAAUCACCGGCCUCCUAGGGGGGCCGCCCCCUUCGCAGAGGAAAACCCUAGCUUUCUUCGCCGGAGGUCUCCACGGUCAUAUCAGACACCUCUUGUUACACCAUUGGAGAGAUCAAAAUCAAGACAAAGACAUACAAGUCUACGAAAAGCUACCAUCGAACAUGUCGUACGAAAAAAUGCUAAAAACGAGCAAGUUUUGUCUUUGCCCUAGCGGGUACGAGGUGGCGAGCCCGAGGGUUGUGGAGGCAAUUUACGCGGAGUGUGUGCCUGUAUUGAUAUCGGAUAGCUACGUGCCGCCUUUUAGCGACGUGUUGAAUUGGAAGAAGUUUGCGGUGGUGGUGGCGGUGGAGGAUAUUCCGAACAUAAAGAAUAUUCUGAUGGGGAUUUCGGAGGGUAGGUAUUUGAAGAUGCAGAAGAGGGUGAGGCAAGUGCAGAGGCAUUUUGUUGUGAAUGGAAAUCCUAAGAGAUUUGAUUUGUUUCAUAUGAUUGUUCAUUCUGUUUGGCUUAGGAGAUUGAAUCUUAGGCUGCAUGCUUCUCUCUAAGUUGUGUGUGUGUGUGUUUGUUCACACGUGUGGUGGAUGUGUUUUAGGGUUUUUUUGAUGCUGCACACCCGGUGAAAUACACUGGGUGAUUAUUAACCGUCGAUCUACACAUAAUCACAUAUACACUUAUGUAUAUGUAUGUGUGCAGGUUAGUGGCAAGUUAUUUGAUUACCAUAUCAACGGUUAAUAAUCACAUGGUGUAACAUCUCAAUAACCGUGUUUUAGGUCAUAUUGUGCGCGGUUCGAGGGUUAAAUUGUGCGUGUCUUGAGAUGUGUCGAUUAUUAUUUUGGGUCAUAUAUAUGCAAGACUAAAACUACUUGUGCAAGAUCAAAUUAAAAUUUUCACAGUAUAAAU